AGCUCUAAGGAGACUCGCUCGGUACCGGAAGUUGCUGAGAGGAAGCGUGUGUGAGAGGGCUUGGGUCUUCCGCUCUCUCCUGGCUCUCUGAAGUGGCGGGACUGUCUGAAGUGGCGUCUGUUGACACAGCGGACGACAAUCUUGAGAGAGACUGACGUUGGGAUAUAUCUUAACACAUCUGGAUACUUUGGAGACUCAUCCAUCCAGCAUGGACAGGGAGUCAGUCAUGCAAAGAAGGGAGAUUUUCUCCCAGCUCCCUUGUUCUUUCCAAAGCCCUGCCAGCCAGACACAUGGAGAGAAAGGAGGAGGAGCUUAAAAGAGGCCACUGACUCUAGUCUACCAUGACUGAGGAAUUUGUGACCCUCAAGGACGUGGCCAUGGACUUCACCAUGGAGGAGUGGGAGCAGCUGGGGUUGGAACAGGGAGACCUGUUCUGGGACACAGCACUGGACAACUACCAGGACCUCUUCCUUUUAGACUCCCCAAGGCCCAACUCAACCUGGCUCCUAGAUGGCAGAGAAGAACUAGAGGACCUGGUGAGAGGAAGCCCAGAAGAAACAGGCCCUGACAUGGCUGAGACUAGGAACUCUCCUCUGAUGGAAAAUUUCUUGGAAGAAGAACCUCCCCAGGAGAUACUAGAGACAUUUUCCAAGGAUGGUUUCUGGGACUCUCAUUUUGAAGCCUGUGUAGAUGAGAGCUGGUUAGAUAGUUUGCUAGGAGAUCCAGAAAGUCUUCCAAGAGCUGACAUUGUCACCAACAAGGAAAGUCCCACAGAAUGCAUGAGUCGUGAAUCUGAGAGAGACCUCAGCCCUGGGUCCCUCCUUUCCACAGGAGAGGACUGUGUGAUGCAUGACCUUCCGAAAAAGAGCCUCACACCAGCCAAGUCUAAGGAAAAUCAGAGUGAUUUUGGCUACUACUCAGACCAGAGCCAGCAAGAUUCCAUCCAGGGUGAGGAGAAACUGUAUAAAUGUAGUGAAUGUGGGAAAAGCUUCAGCCGGAGCUACCAUCUUAUCCAGCACUGGAUUAUUCAUACUAGGGAAAAACCCACUGUGCAUCAAGACUGUGAGAGAAGUUUCAACCUUUUUGUGCAUCCUCUGACUCACAGAGGCUGCCAAUCAUAUGUAUGUAAUGAAUGUGGAAAAACGUUUAGUCAAAAUGCACACCUUCUAUGGCAUCAGAAAAUUCACACUGAAGAAAAAUUACUAUGUAAAAGUCUAGAUGGUGAUCAUCCUUCCAGUCAGGGCACACAGCCUGUUAAGUGUCAGAAAAUUCGCAUAGGUGGUAAAUUCUUCAAAUGUAAUGAAUGCGGCAAGGCUUUCAGCCGGCCCUUUCAUCUUACUCGGCACCAGAAGACCCACACUAAGAAACUCUAUGAAUGUGCCAAGUGUCAAGUGACCUUCAAUUUACAUAAACACCUCGUCCAACAUCAGAAGACUCAUACCACAAAAACUACCUCUGAGUGCCAAGAGUGUGGGAAGGCCUUCACACGGAACUCUGCUCUCCUUGAACACCAGGCUGUACACACUGGAGAGAAGCCUUUUAAGUGUAAUGAAUGUGGGAAACCCUUCAGCCAUACUUCUACCUUAAAGAUCCACCAAAGGGUUCACAGUGGAGAGAAGCCAUACAAAUGCAGUGACUGUGGGAAAGCCUUCUGCCGGAAUACUCACUUAAGUGAGCACCAGCGGAUUCAUACAGGUUACAGACCCCACAAAUGUCAGGAAUGUGUCAAGAGCUUCAACCGACCCUCACACUUGCUUCGCCAUCUGUCCACUCAUGCCACAGAGAAGGCCUAUAGCUGUACUGAAUGCAAGGAAACCUUCAGCAAUAAUGAAGAUUUUUUGCAACACCAGAAAACUCACACAGUUGAAACCCCUUAUGUAUGUCAGAAGUGUGGAGAGCGCUUCAUUUGCAGCUCAACCCUAAAUUGCCACCAGAGUGUUCACACCAGAGAACAGGGACUUGAUGCAAGUAGGAAGGUCUUAGAUCAGAACCCAGAACAGAGAGAGCCACUGAGGCUUGAUGAAAAGUGUUUUAAGUGUAGUAAAUGUGGGAAGACAUUUAGCCACAGCAAGUACCUAACUCAGCAUGAGAGAAUUCACACCAGAGUAAAGUCCUUUGAGUCUGACCAGUUUGAGAAAACCCUUGGCCAAAGCAUGGAGCUCAUUCAUCAGAGAAUCCACUCUGGGGUAAAACCACAUGAAUGUGGUGAGACUGAGAAAGCCUUCAUCCACAGCACCUCCCUUACCAAUCAUCCAUAUUUGCACUCUAGUGAACACCCAUUUAAAUGUAAUGAAUGUGGAAAGACCUUCAGCCAAAGUGCUUACCUCUCAAAACAUCAGUUAAUUCACACUGCAGAGAAACCCAUUAAAUGUGACAAGUAUGACAAAGUCUUCAUGCAGCAUCAGAGAACUCAUGAUGGAAAGAGGCUCUUUGAGUGUAAUGUCUGUGGGAAAACAUUCCGGCAGAGCUCUUGCCUUUCUAAACACCAGAGAGUUCACACUGGAGAGAAGCCCUAUGAAUGCCACGAAUGUGGGAAAGCCUUCAGCCAGGGUGCUCAACUCAUUCGACACCAGCGAGUUCAUACUGGAGAAAAGCCUUAUGUUUGUCAAGAAUGUGGGAAAGCCUUCAGCCAGAACUCAUGCCUUUCUAUUCACCGGAGAGUUCACACUGGGGAGAAACCCUACGUGUGUGGCCAAUGUGGAAAAGCUUUUGUCCAAAAAGCAAAUCUAACACAGCAUGAGCGAAUUCACACUGGAGAGAAGCCUUACCUCUGUAAUGUGUGUGGUAAAGCAUUUGGCCUCAAUGCUCAUCUCAGUCAGCACCAGAGAAUUCACACCCAGGAGAAACCUUACCAGUGUCAACACUGUCAGAAAUCCUUCAGGUGUUUCUCAAGUCUCAACAGACAUCAACAAGUUCAUACUCAAAAAUUAAAAGCAGAAGUACUACCUGCGGCCACUGGGAAGCAGCAGAGCCCAGACAACUGAAACUUGUCUGAAAUGGGCAGGUGAAACUAUUACAUUGCAAACCCACCCCCACAUCCUACCUGCCACCACAUAUAUACAUCUCUUUUUUAAUAAAGAUUUACUAGGUUUACAUACAAGUUUCAUUAAAACAAUGAAAGUGCAAACAUUGAGAAGCUCUAUUAACAUCAGGAUUCAGAGGCAGACUCUGAAACCAGUCUGCCUGGGUUCAUUCUCACCCCUGCCACAUACUUCCUAAGUGACCUUGGGAAAGUCAUGAACGCUCAGGGCCUCAGUGUCCUCAUCUGUAAAAUGGGCAUGAUAAUAGUUACCUACCUCAGAGGGCUGUUAUAAGGAUUCACAAAACGAAUGUAAAGCACCUAAAACUAAUGCUCAGCGCAUGAGUACUCAGUGUGAGACACAUCAGAUAUAACACAAAUCUACUCUUUUAUAUUAAAAGAAGAAAAGCAUUAAUGUUACUAAUGUUCAGUUAAUGUUCUUAUUAAUAUGAUACACAGAUUUUAAUUUAAGUUUUCCUUUUUAAAAACUUCUCUUCAGCACCCUACUCUUUUUAAAUGUCUCACUUUUUUUUUUCCCCCACCAUCUCUCUGGUCUGUCUUACUUUUUACUUAACUAGCCCACAAAAAGCCAAGAAGAGUAUGUACCUUCAAAUGAUCAAAACUUCUAAACUCCCUAAUUUCUCAGGAUAGAUUUACUCUCCCACCCACAUAUGCCUCUUUCUAUAAUCUUCCAUUUAAAGCUGUUAGCUGUACAAUAUGAGACCCAGUUUGUCAUGAAAAUACUGAAAACAGCUGGAUUCAGGAAUGCUGCAUUGAAUGUUACCACACAAAACCCAUAUGGAAGACAUACUUAGGGGUAAAAAUUGUGUACAGGGGUGAUUGCUGGAGUGUUUAUCACUCACCAUUUAUGCAGACCAUUCACUAGGUAACUUGCUAGGCUCAGACCAGGAAUAUCAAUACAAUAAUCCCAUCCUUGUCCUGAAGCUUCUGGAAUCAGGGAAAUAAAUGACCCUGUUUUUAUAGAGAAGUGCUAUUGACAAGUAUCUGAAAAAUCCACAUUCCCUCAGCACAGGAAGUUCAGGAAUCACCAUAGAUUAUUGGAGAGCCUAUGAGGAAAUGGUCCUUCCCACUGGAGCCCUCUGAUCAUCUUGGUCAAGCCUCUUCAUCAUCUGAGUCUCACAAAACCACAAGAGCAGCUCCGCCUUGAUGGUGGUGCCUUAUCAGCUCUGGGCUUAGGUGCCCUUUGCUAAGUGACCCAGGUGCACAUUUACUAAAGCACAGCAAUCUUAAAAAGAAGUCAGACACUGCAUUUAUGUCUUUUCUAUUUGGAGUGCUGAAAAUAGCUUGGGAGUAAAGUUUGUUCUACUCUCAGAUUUUUUCAGCUUCACACCUUGAAUUCUGUUGUUGGUUUUGUAGUUGAAACUGGUAAUUUAUUAGCUGACCAUAGGGCCCAUGCUACAGUGAGGAGGUUAACUGUUUGCCAAACGGUCCAAACACUUUAACUCCCUCCACUUAGUCUGUGCCCUCUGGAACUCUUGUCUAGUCUGGGAGAUGAGUAUGUUACAUAGCAAAGGUGUGUACAACAUGUUGCAGGGCAGGAACACAAAUUGCUAAGUGUGUUCAGUGAAUCUUAACAUCAGAGAUUGAGGACCUGGUGGGAAAUUAGCCAUGGGGGAGGGGGACCAUUCAAACAAUCUCUGUAAUUAAUUACUUGUGUCACCAUGGGCCAGUGUAGAAUUGUCCUCUGUGUAUGUUGAUUCAUUCUGAUUAAAGUUUUAAGUUUUAAAAGUAA